AUGACAUUUGUCCCCAAGCCGAAUAUAAGUGACGACUCUAGUCAGAAAGAGAUAAGCGCGGAAAUCGAAACUGUCGGUAACGUGCAGCAACAUCGCAAUAGAAUCGUUUUCGAACAAAAAAACGAAGCUCCAAAGCCUGAAGAAAAUACUGAGCUUAAUAAAAGUACAAUCACGGCGCAAGUUAAAGCGGUAUUGACAAAGCUUGACUACUCGACUGCUGGGAUCUUGCUUGGACUAAAAAAUUCGGGCUGUCCAUUCAAUAUGACGCGUCAUAUUAAAAUUGAUGAUUGCUCUGGCCAAGGUUUCUACGACUACCGCCACCAGACAAUUAAUCUCUGCCAGAAACACUGGCUGAAAAGUACGAACGAAGGCGAACUUCGAGAAUUCCUCGUUCGAAAUCUUGUCUCAGCGUAUGAUCAUUGUCAAACUGACAUUUCAAAGCUUUCUGAAGAGCAGUAUCUUGAUUUCCGAAACUGCUCCCAAAUUCGACAGUUUACUUUAUCAAAAACUUGUGAUUAUGAGGCGGAAGGGUCGUCCAAAAUGAAAGAAGACGGAUUCAAAUUUUGCGUCCUUGAAAACUCAUCGUCUUCGCUCGAAAACUCCCUUCCUGAAAUCUAUAAAACCGAAAAUAUAGAAGAUAGCUUUCGAAAAGUAUUUCUAAGUUGUUAUGAAGACAAGAGACCAUUUGAUCGGGUGCCAACAUCACGAAGAGACUGGGAACUCGCUCUCAAAGACUUAACCUUCUCCGGAAAUCGAGCUAAGAAUCCUGCGAAAACUUAUUAA